UUGGGACAUAUCCAUACAUGGAUCGGAAGAAGGAUAAGAUGCAUACAAUGAGAUAGGAUAAAUAAUUAUAAAUAUAUAAUUUACUGUAACAUGUCAAUUAUUGUAUGAUUUGUUAGUGCAAAGGGCUUAACUACAUCAUUCCUCUUCUUACAGGUAGCAAGAGGGCCAUGGGUUGCUAUAGUGCAUCAACAACAAUCUACAGUAGAAUCCAAGGAUGGUAUAGUGACCGUUUCAAUACCUAUGGACAGUUUGUUGGUCGCAAUAGGGUUACUUUCAUAUUCCUAUCCCUAGUGUUCUUUGGCUUUUUGGGCAUUUUGGGCCUGGGGGUUUGGAAGAUGGAAUAUGAGUCUGACGUGGAGCGCCUAUACACCCCCAUCAACAGCCAGGCUGCUCAGGACAGAGACAAAAUGAAGGCUAGUUUCCCAGACCGUACAGGAACAAACUACAACACCUACAGUCUGAGCACCCAGGACAGAUACGGGGAGAUCAUCACAACCUCAGAAGGAAACAUCUUCUCAAAUAGCAGUAUUGGUGAGAUGAGGAACUUGGUAGAGACAGUUAAACACUUUUAUGUGGAUUUUCAAGACAGGAGAUUUUUCUACACGGAUGUGUGUGCACGCGCAUCAGACGUGUGUGUCAUCAGUGGUGGCUUCCUCUUACAAGAUGACUUCCUACCCUCUCUUGAGCAAGGGAACGUCACCUACCCACUAUGGAACAACAUGGACAUCUCUUUCUUUGUAGCAGGUGUGAAUGUCUCGGGCGAGGUUCUCCAAUCAGCAUCAGUGAUGAAACUCACCUUCCAUCUGCGUCAAGACAAUGACAUGAUGCAGGAAUAUGCUCUCCUAUGGGAAGAUGCCUUUAUAUCGAACAUGUCAUCAUUGUCUGCAAGAUACUUCCCAAUUGGUGUGUCCUUUGCCACAUCCCAGUCGCUGGGGGAUGAACUCAAUGAGAAUACCAAUGAGGAUGUCUUUUGGUUUUCACUGUCCUUCACAUUGCUCACAACGUAUGCCAGUUUCGUCUCCGGCGGAGAUUGUGUGUCCUCAAGAAGUCACGUGACAAGAGCUGGUGUCAUGGCCGCUGGGUUGGGAAUCCUUGGAUCGUUUGGACUUAUGAGUAUCUGUGGUGUCAAAUUUGUCAACAUUGUUGGGAUAAUGCCCUAUCUUGUUCUGUCUGUUGGUGUUGAUGACAUGUUUCUGAUGGUAUCAGCAUGGGCUGACACAAACCAAUAUGGCGAUGACUGGGAUAUACCGAAACGGCUGGGUCAUACUUUCCGAUUGGCUGGUGUUGGGAUAACUAUCACAUCUCUCACUGAUCUUGUCGCCUUCCUGGUUGGAUAUUCAUCGGUGUUCCUAAGUGUGAAGAACUUCUGUCUCUAUACCGGUACGGCCAUCAUCUUUUCGUACAUUGCUCAAGUGACGUUCCUGGCUCGAUGCCUUGCUGUACAUGGACACCGUGUUGAAAACUCUCGCCAUUGUGUGACAUGUCAACCCGUGCUCCCAGUAGAAGAACUUAAAGAGAAAUCAUGCAUGUUUCGUUGCUGUUGUUCAGGAAAACCGCCUAGGGACAGACAAGACUCUUUGCUUGAAAGACUGCCACCACUUAUUUUGAAGAAAUACCUUUUAACCAAAGGUGGAAAAGUACUAACAGUAAUAAUAUUCUUAACAUAUAUAGGAGUUUCUUUGUGGGGAGUGACCAAACUAGAACAAGGACUUUUUCUAGAAAACCUUGUACCGCCAACGUCCUACUACUCUAAUUACAGUGUAAACAAUUAUAAGUUUUAUGGAACACGAAUUCCUGUUUCCUUUGUUAUUACAAAGAAAAUAAAUUAUUUUGAUGAAAAUGUGACGCACAACUUUCAAAUGCUAUUUCAAAAGAUAGGCAAUGAUGACAACAUGAACAAUGCAACACAGAUCUGUGGACUUCUCGAUUAUGUGAAUUCUCCAUAUGUCAACAGGUUAUCAGUGUCUGAUUUUGUAGCCAAUUUCAAGUCAUUCAUUAAUGCCAGGCAAUAUGCAAAAAACGAUGUUGUGUUUAGUGAAUCUUAGCACACUAUCACUGCUCUAAGGUGUUACAUGAUCUCAACGAAUGUCCCUGACUCGAUGGAUCAGGCCAACCUAAUGAUCCGUAUGCGACAUCUGGCAGCUGAAUCACCAUUACCAGUAUUUCCUUAUCACCCAACGUUCAUUUUCUUUGAACAGUUUGUCUCAGUACUGCCUACUGUUUUACAGAUGUUAGGAA